UAUUCACAAAUAAAAAAAAAAAAAAAAAAAAAAAAAAAAAAAAAAAAAAGGUAUCUGAGCUGACGGCAACAACUGCCAUAAUUUGUUAGACAAGUCACUUGGUCGAUUGACAUCUAGAUCGGGUCAAUCCCUUUUCUACUUUGUCUUUUUUUGGUUGGCCACCUCGAGUAUCUUGUUCUGCACCGGCUUCAUAUCUACUCCAUAUAUACUCCCGCCAAUACACGGUGAUGAGCGGGACAGAAACGGAGAUGAAGGUCUCCCCAGAGAGGGCACAGGCCCUCGCCAACCAACUCCGUGCCGUAACUGAGCGCCUCCAGUCCGCAGCCAAGGGCCGACCUGUCAGGCUCGUGGCCGUGUCCAAGUUGAAGCCGGCAAACGACAUCCUGGCCCUUCACAGCGCGCCCGUGGGCCACACGCACUUUGGCGAAAAUUACGCGCAGGAGCUGUCGCAAAAGGCGCAGGUGCUCCCGCGGUCCAUCCAGUGGCACUUCAUCGGGGGUUUGCAGUCGACGCACUGCAAGAGCAUCGCCAAGAUCCCAAACCUGUGGUGCGUGUCGAGCGUCGACACGCUGAAAAAGGCCCAGCUGCUCGACCGCGCCCGUGGCCAGGCCGGGGAGCCGCCCCUCAACAUCCACGUCCAGGUCAACACGUCUGGCGAGGAGUCCAAGUCGGGCUGCGCGCCGGGCGAGGAGACGGUUGCCUUGUGUCGGGCCGUCGCCUCGGACGAGUGCCCAAACCUCCGCCUGCUGGGGCUGAUGACCAUUGGCGCCAUCGCGAGGUCCCGUGCCACCACGCCCGAGACGGAGAAUGAGGAUUUCGUGUGCCUGAGGGAGCAGCGCGACCUGGUGGCCAAGGAGUUGGCGUUGGAGGGCGAGUUGGAGCUGAGCAUGGGCAUGAGCGACGACUUUGAGGGCGCCAUCGCGAUGGGAAGCCAUGAGGUCCGUAUAGGGAGCACCAUUUUUGGUGAAAGGCCGGCAAAGGCUGAUGCAAAAAUUGUCGAGUGAUUUUUUGGCUGCUUUUAGUAAAGGUGAGCAGCAAGCGGUAUGGCCCUCGAAGCAUGCCCGCCCAUCUGAACAGGCAAAGCCGGAUAAUUAGACAGAUGACGUAUAAUAUAGUGUACGAUCCUUCAAGCUUGAAGGGAUCUGCUUACGUUCAGAUCAAAUUUGCA